CGUCUGGGACAGCUCUGAUAUCUUCACCAUCACACUGAGGAGAUUGCCUUCAGCAGAUGUUGGAGGAGUGUUGGGGGAGAUCAGGACCCACCCUGGUACCAGACGGACAGAGGCUGUCGGAGCAGAGCAGCGCUCUGCUGCGGAGGGAGGAAACUGCUCACAUUGGAAGAUGGCGACUGUGUGGAGGCUGCAGAGGAAUCACCGGAGCUGAUACCGGGAAGGAACAGAAGAAAGAUUCACCCUCAGAGCCUAUAACAGAACACGUCUCAAACAACGACAAUGUCCCGUUCAUCUGACAAUGAAGAUGGAUAUUUUGUUGCCAUGGAUACAGAAGAUGAUAGUACAGAGACUGUGGGGAUAACAGUGGAAGAGGAGGCAAAGAUGGGAUCCUGUAGACAAGAAAGGAACAUGGACAGUGGUGCCAAAGGAGAAGGAAGAACAAUGAUGGAGUUGCCAGAGGAAGUUCUUGAAUAUAUUUUAUCCUUUCUCUCACCUUACCAAGAGCAUAAGACUGCUGCACUUGUAUGCAAGCAGUGGUAUCGGCUCAUCAAAGGUGUUGCCUAUCAGUGUUACCAUGGUUUUUUGAGAGCUGUCCAGGAGGGAAAUAUCCAAUGGGAAAGUCGUACAUACCCAUAUCCAGGAACCCCCAUCACUCAGCGCUUUUCCCACAGUGCGUGUUAUUAUGACUCAAAUCAGUCCAUGUAUGUGUUUGGGGGUUGCACUCAGAGUAGCUGCAAUGCUGCCUUCAAUGAUCUGUGGAGACUUGACCUUAACAGCAAGGAGUGGAUCCGCCCUUUAGCAUCAGGUUCCUAUCCAUCCCCUAAAGCUGGAGCAACUCUAGUGAUGCACAAAGAUCUGUUAGUGUUAUUUGGAGGAUGGACGCGCCCCAGUCCUUAUCCACUGCACCAGCCAGAAAGAUUUUUUGAUGAAAUCCACACGUACUCUCCAUCAAAGAAUUGGUGGAACUGUAUAGUAACAACACAUGGACCUCCGCCUAUGGCAGGACACUCGUCAUCUGUAAUUGGAAACUCCAUGGUAGUGUUCGGUGGAUCUUUAGGAGCACGCCAAAUGAGUAAUGAGGUCUGGGUUCUGGAUCUGGAGCAGUGGUCUUGGUCCAAACCUCCCACAUCGGGACCAUCUCCUCACCCGCGAGGAGGCCAGUCACAAAUUGUUAUUGAUGAUAAGACUUUACUCAUCUUGGGAGGCUGUGGUGGCCCUAAUGCACUCCUCAAAGAUGCCUGGCUCCUUCAUAUGGAUGCCCCAGCGUGGAGAUGGCAGCAACUGCAGGUAGAAAAUGAAGACCAUGGAGCCCCAGAAUUGUGGUGUCAUCCAGCAUGUAGGGUGGGCCAGUGUGUGGUGGUUUUCUCACAGGCUCCAUCUGGCCGUGCACCACUCAGCCCAAGUCUUAACUCUCGACCCUCCCCCAUAAGUGCCACACCUGCCCCUCUGGGCCCUGAACCGCCUUCCCUACGCUCUCAGUCUCCUGUUCGGAGUGGGGCCGCUGGUGUUGUCCUGGGAGCUGCUGAAGAGGCUCCAUGUGUCAACGGUCGAUGGGGUACUCUAAGACCUCGGCCCUCAGCUAGAGGAAAUGCUAGAGAUGGGAGCCCGUCCUCGUCCCAACAGCAAUCUCCUUCACAGGGCCCAGACAGCCCUCCUCUUCCCCCACUUCCUCCUUUAUUAAACGGAUCCUCACCUUCUCCUCGGACCAGCCCAGCUCAGGCUGCCUCUCCUCCCUCCCGCCCUCAUCUGCCUGCAUCCACAGACUAUGGCUGGGAGUCUCCCCCCUCUGCCGUUCACCACCCUGAGGUUCCCAGCACUAAUGGCCUCCACACACCGCCCUCAGGCUCCCCACUCACGCCCCCAGGAGCAGUGUCCCCUGCUGCCUUACGACGAGGACUGGAGGCAGUGAAAAACAAAUCUUCCUCAUCUUUACCGUCUUCGUCAUCGUCUUCCCUUCAGACACAGGGGGCUUCUCCUAUAGGAGGAAGUAGUGGGGGCGGAGGAACAGGUCCUCCUGGAACCCCUCCAUCUUCAUCCUCAAGCCCACCUCAAGCUGCUGGAGCUGAUGGCCACGCUAUCCCACCUAUAGCACGACGCCUCGGUCAUCACCCACCUCAGAGCCUGAACGUAGGAAAGCCUCUGUACCAGUCUCUCAAUUGCAAACCCAUGCAGAUGUAUGUGCUGGAUGUAUCCAGGGCCAAAUCUGCUGGGGUUGUGUCUUGGAGAGUUUAUGGGAACGGAACUCCUGCUGCUGUUACAGGGCCACCGGAGACCAGCCUUCACACUGUGGUACAGGGCAGGGGAGAGCUCAUCAUUUUUGGGGGCCUCAUGGACAAAAAACAGAAUGUGAAGUACUACCCUAAAACCAACGCCUUGUACUUUGUACGCGCUAAAAGGUAAUGCAGCUACAGGUGCAAUUGAGAUGACAGAAGUUCCGCUCUGGGACAAUACAAGGGAACUGACACACAAGGCCUUUUUCCUGUAGGAAGGAUUAUAAGUAAAGAACAUUAUUAUUGCUAGAUGUUUCACUUCAGAAAUUCACUAUUGUUCCUUCUGCCUACUGCAAGCAUUAAAGAGAAAACACUUUAAUUACACUUUGAUAAGACAUUUUCUUGACUGAAAAUCUUAACAGUGUGUGUGUUUGGAUGUGUAUGUGUUUGUGACUGCAGUGACUGACUGGAACUGAACUCUUAUCCAAAAGGUGAACAACCAAACAAAAACAUUUCAUUUUUUUGUGUAAUCCCCCUUUGAGCUCUUGUUAAGAGAAAAACUUUGGAAGAGUCAGUGCCGUUGACAGAAACAGUUUACGACUACCUUGCUUUUUGUAUCACUCUUUAAGGCUGCAAUGUUUACAUUGAAGACCGUGUGAGUGCGUGUGUGUGUGUUUGUGUGUGCACGGUGGUGGUUAAAAGUUGUUGACUAAUGUGUGUCAGGAUCUGUGGUGGCUGAGAGAUGUGACACUGUAAUAUAAACAUAGUAAAACAAUAAAGACCUCCAUGUCUGGUCUGUCA